AUGUGCUCGGGCCCUGGCACCGCUGGAAAAACACAGAGCGCCCUCCGACCGCCAGGGCGCCAGCGGGCGCCCCGCGCGCCGCACAUGAUGCGCCGGGCGCGUGCGCCGGCGCUCGCGGCCGCCCUGCUGCUCGCGCUGCUCGCCCAGAAACGCCCGCCAGGCGCGCUGGCGCCCGCCCGCCCCGCAUCCUGGCAGGGCCUACGGUGCGCUCGCGGGCCCCGCCGCGGGGCCUUCGGCGGCCCGGGCGGGCGCGGCGGCGUCGGCUACGUUGGCGUGGAGGUCGUGGCCUCGCGCAGGGCCCCGAGGCGACCCCCCCCGACCGCGGACGAGCAGCUGCUGUGGGCCCUGGGGUGCGAGUUGUGGGCGGCCGGCUCCGACGGCGAGCUGGGAGGCCCGCACUGGCAGCGGAGGCCCCCCGUUCCUGGCGGUGGCGCACAGCCGGGGGAGGGCUGCACGUCGCACUUGCCGACGGCCCUGAGGAACGCGGGCUGCUCCAUCCAGGACGCGGCGGAUAGCAUGCUGGACCGCAGGUGGGGGGCCGCCUGGCGCCAGCUGGAAAACGCCUCCACGACGUGCCGCGAGUAUUGGCCGGCUGGUGCCUUCGAGGGCUUGGUCAACCUGGUCUUCUGCCAGGCGGAAGACCUCCCCAGCCUGGAGAAGCGGGCCGCUGCGAGCGAGUCGCUCGAGAAGUUGGCGGCCGGCCUGGCCAACGCCAUGGAGCAGGUGGAGCUCAACAACGACCUGCGGUUCCCCUACCGCGAGCGGGGCGUGGUGCUGCUUCGGAGCGCCGGGGAGCUCCUGCAGGAGGGCGCCGAGGUGCUGAGGGCGGGGAAGUUCCACGCCUACAGGGACCCGCGCGGCAAGAGGGCGGAGGAGGACCGGGACAUCCACGGCUGGUACGACGGGGACCCCGAUCCGGAGGCAGAGAGCGACGAGGACUACGCCGAGUACGACGCGGCGAGUUUUUCCUCCUCGUCCGCAGAACCCGGCAGCGGCAGCUACGCCGCCAUGCGCAUUAGCGAGAUCAGGGACCAGCUGGAGCGGGCGAAUGUAGGAGGUCCCAAGGCGCGGAGGGCGCUGCUGCGGAGGCUUGUGCGCGAGUGCCACCCCGACCAGAACCCGGGCCGGGAGUCGGACGUGCUGCCGGUGUUCAACUACGUCCUCAGGAUGCUGCGGGUGUCGACGGGUAUCCCUCGAGCGGGCACCUAGUUGCCCGCUGCGGC